AUGCGUAUACGCCAGCAACUUGAAGACAUCGCCGACAGCGAUGUACGAGAUGCAGCACUCCUGGCGAAUCUGGGCUACAAACAGGAGUUCACUCGUGAUUUCACGCCGUUCGAGGUUUUCGGAUUGGGGUUCAGUAUUAUCGGUGUUGUGCCUUCCGUGACCUCCGUUCUACCAUAUUCGCUUCCCUACGGUGGUACAGUAGCCAUGGUCUGGGGUUGGGCAAUUUGUUCUAUCUUCCUGAUGUUCAUAGCGUUGGCCGUCGCUGAGCUCGGAUCCUCUGCUCCAACGUCCGGCGGACUCUAUUACUGGACGUUCCACUUUUCCUCUCCAAGGCAUCGCAAAUUGUUAUCAUGGAUCGUCGGUUACACGAAUACCAUUGCCUACAUUAGCGCUGCCGCAGCAGUAGAUUGGGGUUGUAGUGUACAGAUAAUGGCAGCGGUGACUAUGGGGUCAGACUUGCGCUUUGUUCCGUCUCCUGCCCAGAUUUACGGCGUCUACUGUGCUUUGCUUGUAUGCCAUGCUGUGGUGGCUAGCAGGGCGACAAAGACAAUUGCACGCCUACAAUCAGUUUAUAUCCUGGUCAACAUCGCCCUAUGUUUGGCUAUAAUCAUCGGCCUCCCCGCUGCCACACCGCCAGAAUUCAGAAACACAGCAAAAUAUGCCUUCGGUCAUUCUGAAAACAUGACCUCUUGGCCAAAUGGGUUCGCCUUCAUUCUUAGCUUCUUAGCUCCAUUGUGGGUAGUGGGUGGUUUCGACUCAAGUGUUCACAUCAGCGAGGAAGUACGUAACGCAAAUAUUGCCAUUCCAUGGGCCAUACUUUGUGCCGCUGGAUUGGGGAGUGUCCUUGGUUGGGCGAUGAUUGUAGCUUUGGCUUUCUCAAUGGGAACGGACUUGCCUAGUAUACUAGGAAGCCCCAUUGGCCAGCCCGUUGCCACAAUCUUCUACAACAGCUUUGGCAGGCGUGGGACGCUGUCCUUGUGGUCCUUCAUCAUCCUUGUUCAGUUCAUGAUGGGAACGAGUAUCCUCACCGCCGCUUCUCGCCAAGUAUUCGCCUUCUCACGAGAUGGAGCACUGCCCUUCGCGCGCUUCUUGUAUCACAUCGACAAACGUACCAAUACACCUGUCAACUGUGUGUGGGCCUCUGCGUUUUCCGCCGGACUGUUGGCAUUGAUAUGUCUGGCCGGCCCCGCUGCAAGUGGGGCAAUCUUUACCCUCGGUGUGGUAUGCCAGUAUACAUCACUAUCAAUUCCGAUAGCAGCACGGCACCUCGGAGGGAAAGAGUUUACACCGGGGCCGUUCCAUCUAGGCAAAUGCGGAAAACCUGUCGCUGCUGUGGCAGUCACCUGGAUGACGUUCAUGGCAAUCGUUCUUUUGUUCCCCUCCGUCCCCGAGGUCGAUACGCAAACAAUGAAUUACACCGUAAUUGUUCUCGGAGGCGUACUGAUGCUUUCGCUGGCUUAUUACUACUUCCCGGUUCACGGGGGAGCCUACUGGUUCGCGGGGCCGGUUUCAACAGUUGCUCGCAUGGAAUGUGUGGCGCAGUAA